GCCGAUCUCUCCCUUCAUAUGCAUGGCCUGAGGACCACUGAAGGGUGACUCGAAUAUGGACUGGUCUUCACUCACCACCGAUAGGGCUUCCUGUGGAAGACACGCUUUGAUUGACACCUUUUCUAUGAAUGAAAGGGUAACAAAUCUGUGGUCGUGACUCCUGUCUGACGUCACGAGGGAAACGCAGUCACGACGCAUUCCAUCACAGGGCGCGCGGAGACACGCCCCAUCGCGCACCGCCUCUUUAUAACGGGCCCGAGUAGCACCAACAGUGAACGGAGUUGUAAGACAGCGCUUGAGGGUGCAGCAAAUCCUUACUAUCUGGAAUAAGACUCUGUGAGAAACUUGAGAUGGAAAUGUAUCAAGCUGGAUUUUACACAGAAGACUUCAGAACUCAAGAAGUUCCUGGUGGAUUUGACUUCAGUUCAUAUGACUACAGUGGUGAAGACCUGUCCUUUUUAUUAGACAGCAAAGGACCUGCCCAGCACCAGUAUCCAGAAACAUACUCGGAGCCCCAGAAGGAGCAUUUGCACGCUUCCAAAGGUCACACUCAGACGGUCAGUUCCACAGACUCUGGACUGUUUAAUCUGGACUCAUUCCCUGAGUUUAAUUGCUGGGCAUCAUACACGAAUAUUCCAGAGGGAAUAAUAGCAGAUAGACAACAGGUUGGCUUUCAAGAGACUGCUCAAACCUACCAGAACCUUGUCCCACUGUGUCCUCCAGCCCAAAACGGUCCAUUCAGCUCAGGAAUGGACACCAGCAGUCAUUACCAACCUGGAAAAGCUCCAAGAUCAUCUGUCACCAAUAAUUUGGAACAUCUGGUUGAUGCUGAGAGAACAUAUGCUAUGUAUGAAGCUGACCAACAAAGCAGGUCUCCAUACUGGUCCGACUACCCCUCACCAGGUUACUGCACAUCCAUGCUUGGACAGCCCCCAUCCUCCUCCUCCCCUCCAGUUUCUCAACCCUCAGAGACAUUCUGCACCCGUGUGGCCAAAAGACGUAGCGCACCAUCUCAAAGAUCAGACAGGGAGGGAGACCUGACACCAAUGUCUGCUUAUCCAGGAUCUGGACCUAUUCAGCUUUGGCAAUUUCUGUUGGAACUUCUGCUGGACUCCGCUUGCCACACCUUCAUCAGCUGGACCGGGGAUGGCUGGGAAUUUAAAAUGUCAGAUCCUGCAGAGGUGGCAAAGAGGUGGGGUCAGUGUAAGAACAAGCCCAAAAUGAACUACGAGAAGCUGAGUCGUGGUCUGCGUUAUUACUACCACAAAAACAUCAUUCACAAAACAGCAGGCAAACGUUACGUCUACCGCUUCGUCUGCGACGUUCAGGGCAUGCUCGGGAAAACUGCACACGAAGUUUUCGCGAGUCUAAACAUCUCGCCAUCAAAUGCAGGAUCUCCACAGUCUGUAGUAAGCGCAACCAGAUCAGAGGAAACCACAGAGUCCUGGGGACAUUAAAGGGAAAGAACUGUAAUGAUCAAAAAGAACUGACGAACAUCAGAAGUCAUGUCGAGGAUUCAAUACUAACUGUAGCAUUCAAAGUUUGAACUGGAUUUUUGCAGGAGCGAAAAAAAAUGGGGACUGCAGUUUCGGCAGCCGUGACAGAUCUCAGAUCAGUGUUCAAAUAUAAAACUGUUAUUAGCUACCUCUUUUGAUGUUGGAACACUAAUUUUGUAAAUGUAUCUUUUUUGUUUUGUAAACUGAUGUUGUGACAUCAGAUUGUGAAUUCUUGUAAAUAAACUGAAUGUUGUCAAUGUAAAUGUUUCUACACAAAAUGUUGCUGAUCAGUCAUUAAUCAUGUAAUUUUAUAUACAUCAGUAUCACAAAUCUAUACUAUCAAAAGUUGGGUUCACUUCGCAAAAAUUGAUCUUAUCAUCUUGAAGCGACCGUUCACCCAAAAAUAAAACUUCUGUCAUCAUUUACACACCCUCGAGUUGUUCCAAACAUAUUUGUGUCAUGGUUCUGCUUCUUUUAGUCUUGGAUUUCCUGGUCCUGUAGCAGAGCCAUGACAAAGUCGUUGGUUAUGUGUGGAGAGAAACAUAUUAUUGUCCUUUUGACAAUAAUAUGCGUUCUCUCCAGUGUCUUGUCAUUGGCCCCGCCCCUCUCGUUUCCCGUAUUACUUCCCGACCGUGUUCCAUUACCCUCACCUGCCCUGUGUCACUAUCCCUCGUUUGUCUUCCCUUUAAAUAGCCCUCAUGUUUCAUUGUCUUGUGUUCGUGGAUUGCGUUUUGUACCGUGUAUUGUGUUCCUGUCUAAAUCCCUAGUCAAAGUCAAAGGCAAAGGCAAUGUGAAGUCGAGCCUGUUUAAGUCUGUGAGUUUGCGUUUCUAUAGUGUUGUUCUUUUACCCUGUCUCAGUUAUAUUUGUCCUGUCAGUUUUUGUAUCUAGUUUUGUUGGUUUGCCCCAUCGUGGGUUUUUGUUUUGUCUUUUGGUAUUUAUAAAUAAAUAUAUUUUGUUAACCCCUU